AUGGAUCAAUCAAAUACUACUAUUGAAGUUGAAAAUGACCACCAUGCUGAUGCACCUUCAAUAGUGUUGCACAGUAAAUCCAAGAAAGUGGUGAAAUCAAGAGAGAGUAGUUAUAGUAGUGAUGAGUUUGAGGCAUCAAUAGGAGAGAAACCAUCGAGAUAUGAGAUUUGGGGAUGGUAUCUAUAUGAGUUUUGUUCUUACUUUGUUCAAACGGUUCUUAUACCUGUGCUGUUUCCUUUGAUUAUUAGUCAGUUACAGAUUCUACCUACGGAUCCUGUUCAAGAAUGGCAAAAUGAUCACCAUGGCAUGCUUUGUUCAGACAAAGAAAUUCAUCUUUGUUCUGCGACUGCAACACUGAUCGCAGUCGUCACAGUGUUAAUUAACCCUAACCCUAAUGUGCAUGCAAACUUGGAUUUUAUUGCAGGUUCAGCUGUAAUCUCUUCUUUCAUUUAUCACAUGCUUAGAGAACCUGAUGAUAGAAAUCUUUUCACCCUUUGGAUUGUUUCGAUCUUCAGUGGCUUAAUAUGGUUGGUUGGUGUUUUGCAUGUCGUUACAGCUAUAAAUAGGACAUCUGUUUCCAUUGUUUCAUUCAACAAAUCAUUGUUUUACCCUUGUUCUAUAUUUCAUCAUCCAAAAGCAAUAGGAGGGCUUUUCGGGGUUUUUCUAUCAUCCUUUACAACAAUGUGUAUUUUCACUGGUGCUGUUCUUUUCAUAGUUGGUAACCUUUGUAUUAAGCCAUUACACUUGCUUUAUUUCUGGUUAAUUUAUUUCCUUUUCCCUUUGGUUUCACUUCCACUUUUACACCCGCUACAACAACUAAUAAAGGCUAGUUCUGUGAAAAUGAAGAUCAUUGGUUUUCUUUUGUCAAUGUUGUCUUCUGGUUUUGGAUUCUACUUUUGGAAUAGUCAAUGGAAAUGGGGUCAUAUAUUAAUAUUUGGAGGGAUUCAAGGUAUUGGAAGUGGAGUUUUGCAUGCAUUUGGAAGAGUUUUGGUUUUGGAAUGUGCUCCUAAAGGGAAAGAAGGCGUUUUCAGUGUUUGGUAUGGUUGGAUUAGAGCUGCUGGUUUGUGUUUGGGUUUCACAGUUGCUUCUGUUGUUCCUGGACAGAUUAAGACUUCUUUUGGAGCUGCUUUUGUUGCUGCACUUGUUGGAACUGUUGUUCUUCUUUUUGGAAAUGUUGGUGAUGAUAAUGAGAGUGGCUCUCAUGGCAAUGAUAAUCUUGGCUUAGAUUCUAAAGAAUCUGUUAGUGUUUAA